AACCACCGCCACCGCCCCCUCCGUGUGAGCAAGUUGCCCUGCACAUCCCUGUCCGUGUCUCUCUGACUCCGGCCCGCAGCAGGCUGGAAGUACGUCCUCCUCCGGUUGAGUCCGCUCCGCUUAAGUUGUCCCUCUGCUUGGGGCUGCACCGACUCUGCUCUGCAGACAUGGCACCUGUCCUCCAAAUGUUUGCGGUCAUCAUCGUAUCAGCGCUCCUGCAAACUGCGACAUCGGCCCACCUCAAUGACACUAUUUUUGCAGUGACUGUGAGCUCCCAGGUGAGAGGAGGGAAACAGGAGACCCUGUGUGCCCAGAUCCACGGCCCCACGGAGCCUGUCGCUCUGACCAUCGCCCUCGAAAUGGACUCUGGCAGAACCGCCAUCUUGGAGGAGGCUGUCACACAGGACUUUUACCGCUGCUUAAACUUCCAGGUCCCUACAGUGCGCGCCAGAACUGUGGCAACCAUUAAUGUCACUAUUCAGGGUGAGAGUGCCUCGAUGAACAAGAAGACCAAAAUCCUCAUCGAGCCUCCUGCUUUCAUCCAUAUUAUCCAGACGGAUAAACCUAUCUACAAACCUGGACAGACUGUCCAGUUCCGAAUCGUCUCUAUGGAUGCCAAUUUCAUCCCUGUAGAUCGAGUGUACAAAGUGGUGGAGCUCCAGGAUCCCAAUUCAAAUCGCAUUGCCCAGUGGUUGGAUAAGACCAUUGGUAGCGGCAUCCUUGAUCUUUCCCACCCCAUGAUUCCUGAGGCGGUACAAGGAAGCUACAUGAUCACCGCCUGGACGGACAAAGGAGAGCAAAUAUCCCACAGCUUUGACCUCAAGGAAUACGUUUUGCCAAAGUAUGAGGUAAAGGUUGACCUACCCAGCGUGAUUACCAUCCUGGACCAAGAGGCAACGAUAAGGAUUUGUGGAAAAUACACCUAUGGGAAACCAGUUGUUGGUUCAGUAAAGGCAGUGUUUUGUAGAAAGGCCAUCUGGUUUUACUGGUAUUCAAGUUCCCGAGAAAGUGACAUCUGCAAGACGUAUGAACUGACGACGGAUAAAGGUGGCUGUGCUGCACAAACUGUGAGCAUGGCAGAGUUUGCCCUCAAAAAGAGCAGUUACCGUGACAGCUUUGAGGUGAAUGCUGAAAUGGAAGAGUACGGCACCGGGGUCAUUCUUAAAGGCAGUGGGCAGACCAUUUUCAGCAGUCACAUCAGAACGGUCACCUUUGAGGAUGUACCUGCCGCAUACAAGCCUGGCAUCUCGUUGGAGGGAAAGGUCAAAGUGAUCGGUCCAGACAACAAAGCUGUUGCCAAUGAGGCCGUGUAUCUGUUUGUCAACGACUUUCAAAACGUAACGCUCACUACAGACAUGACAGGCAUGGCUUCAUUUUCUUUGGACACCGCCCUCUGGAAGGACACUGUGACUCUAAAGGCGAGGUCUAGAAAAACUGAGGAGCAUGAGCCAUAUGUGCACAAUAUGCGUUGGCCAGAGUACAUGUCGGCCUACCACAGAGUGGCAGCAUUUUACUCCAAGAGCAGCAGUUUUUUGAAGCUCAUGCAGGGGAGCGGGAUGCUCUCCUGUGACAAAGAUGCCACCGUGCGUGCUCAGUACAUCAUCCAGGGGGAGGAGCUAAAGAAAGGACAGGAAGUGCUUGAAUUCUUUUUCCUGGUGAUGACCAGAGGUGGAAUUGUGCAACACGGUCGUGUCCCAGUGGCUGUUAAAGUGGGAACUGUCAACAAAGGAGAGUUGUCCAUAUCACUCCAUCACGUUACAAACCUGGCACCAUUUGCCCAAGUGAUAGUUUACACUGUGAUGCCCAGCGGAGAGGCUGUGGCCGAUAGCAAGGACUUCCCCAUUCAGCUCUGCCUUAAUAACAAGGUGUCUCUGAAGUUCUCCUCUCUCCAGGAGCUUCCAGCGGAGAAGACCACGCUCAGUCUGCAGGCUCACCCAGGCUCCAUGUGCUCCGUCAGGGCCAUCGACCAGAGCGUCCUCCUGCUGCAGCCAGAGCCGGAACUCUCUGUCGACUAUGUGUACAGCCAGCUGCCUUUACAGAAGCUGUCAGGAUACAGCUACGAGGUUGAAGACUUUGAGCCAUAUCCCUGCUUCCCUGUGCCAAUGCCAGAGCCUGAGCCUGAACCAGAGCCUGAAGCAGAACAAGGGAUUGCAGUCGACGAUGUGGAGCCAGUUGGUCGAGCCAAGCGCUCAGUCUACUUUGAACCACCCAGUCAGAUGAAUGAUGUCUACAGCAUCUUUAAAGAAAUAGGAAUCAAAAUUGUGACCAACUCUGAUGUGAAAAAGCCUUAUAACUGCCAUGAAAGGAGAUAUGACUUACUUUACUAUGAUUCUGACGUCCUAGACUCUCCGGUUCCCAUGGCCUUCAACAUGAUGCCACAGAGUGUAGGUGGUAUGCUGGGCGGUAAAGAGGAGGAGAAGAAGGAGACCGUCAGGACAUUCUUCCCCGAAACCUGGAUCUGGGACCUAGUUCCUGUGGGAGACAGUGGGUCAGUGAAUGUGGAGAAGACAGUCCCUGACACCAUCACUAAGUGGGCAGCUGGAGCUUUCUGUGUCUCCUCUGUGGGCUUCGGUGUGUCGCCCAACACUGGUCUGACUGCCUUCCAGCCGUUCUUUGUUAGUCUCACCUUGCCCUACUCUGUCAUCCGAGGGGAGGUGUUUACUCUCAAAGCCACUGUCUUCAACUAUCUCUCCAAGUGCAUUAUGGUAAAUAUUGCACUGGCUGAUUCAGACCAGUACACCUUCAGAAACUGUGAUGGCUGCCAGUACAGUGUGUGUCUGUGUGGAGAGGAGAGCAGGACCUUCUCAUGGAUUGUAACUCCAACUGCAUUAGGUCAGGUGAAUCUGAAGGUCAGCGCAGAGGCCCUGAAGACUGAUAUUCUGUGUGGCAACGAGGUGGCCACCGUCCCCGACAUGGGCCGAAUCGACACAGUGGUCCGCACCCUGCUGGUGGAGGCUGAAGGAACACCACAGAUGGUCAGUCAUAACGCUCUCCUCUGUCCUGCAGAGGGGCCUGUGGAGAAGAAAAUCUCCCUUAUGAUGCCCGAGAUGUUUGUGGCUGGAUCGGCCAGGGCCUCUGUCUCUGUACUGGGUGACCUGAUGGGCCGGGCCAUGAAGAACCUGGACAAGCUCCUGGCCAUGCCGUACGGCUGCGGGGAACAGAACAUGGUGCUGUUUGCGCCAAACAUCUUCAUCCUCAACUACCUGAAAAGUACCGCGCAGCUGACCAAGGAUAUUCAGGACAAGGCAACGCGAUUCCUGGAGAGCGGAUAUCAGAGGGAGCUUACGUACAAGCAUGAUGACGGCUCCUACAGUGCUUUUGGGAAGAGUGAUGAGUCUGGAAACACCUGGCUGACCGCUUUUGUGAUGAAGUCCUUUGGCGGAGCGAGACCAUACAUAUUUGUGCAUGACAAGCACAUUGAAGAUGCCAGGAUGUGGCUGUCCAAAAACCAGCGGACUGACGGUUGCAUCACCUCUGUGGGGAAACUCUUCCACAAUGGCAUGAAGGGAGGAGUGAGUGACGAUGUGUCCCUGACCGCCUACAUCACCGCUGCCCUGCUGGAGCUGGACACCAACGCCACGGACCCCGUGGUACAGAACUGCCUGAACUGUCUGAAAGUGGCCGGCCAGCUGGACAACCUGUACACCACCGCCCUGCUGUCCUACACCUUCACUCUGGCUGGGGACCAGGAGAUGAGGAGCAAACUCAUCACUUACCUGCACCAGAAGUCCAACACACAGGGUGGCACCCGUCACUGGAACAGAGCAGGGGCUUCUGGGAAAGGCCUGGACUCUCUGGAGGUGGAGAUGACCUCCUACGUGCUGCUGGCUCUGCUCUCCGGUCCGGCCAUGCCGGACUUUGGUUUGGACUACUCCUCCAGCAUUGUCCGAUGGCUCGCCCAGCAGCAGAACCCGUACGGGGGCUUCUCUUCCACGCAGGACACUGUGGUGGCCCUCCAGGCUUUGGCUAAGUACGGCGCUGCCACCUACAGCGCGGAGGGCAGCACUACAGUGACAGUGACGUCGUUAGGAGGCCUGAACAAAGAGUUCACGGUGGAUCAGAGCAACAGGCUGCUGUACCAGGAGGAGAAGCUAAGCGAGGUCCCUGGAGAGUACACGGUCCGAGCCGAGGGCCAGAGCUGUGUGCUGGCACAGAUCUCCAUGCAUUACAACAUCCCCCCUCCACCCGACUUCUCUGCCUUCAACAUCUCUGCUGACACCAUGGCCAAAUGCAACAUCAGCAAGCCCCAGCUCAUCCUCUUUGUGACAGUCAGGUACCAGGGCAGGAGAGAGGAAACAAACAUGGUCAUCAUCAACAUCAAACUGCUGUCUGGGUACAUUCUGGAUAAGAGCUCCCUGAAGCUGCUGAAGAGCGACCGCUCAGUGAAGCGCGUGGACGUGGAGGAAGGAUUCAUCAACAUCUACUUAGACGGGCUGAAGAAGGAUGAGACAAAGAUGCACAGUGUGACACUAGAGGAGGACGUGCCUGUAAGGAACCUGAAAGCAGCUGUGGUCAAAGUCUACGAUUACUACCAGACAAGUGAUGAGGCAGUCACUGACUACAACUCGCCCUGUGCAGAAAGUGACAGCAUCAACGAGCUGUAAAAUCCAUGUGCAUGCCAGCGCGGGACUUCUUUCAGUUGGAAGAAUCACUGUGUCAGAGAAAGAAACUAGGUGUUAAUUAUUUUUUUUAGACUGUUUCUUUAUUUGUUUUUACUCCUAUUAAACUUUUUUUUUAGCUGUGUUUGAUUGUGAGUGAAUUCCACUUUUUAGGAACAAAUACUUACUGUCUGUUUUUUUUUAGCUUUUUUGGGGGAGUUUGUUCUACUUACUGUUCCAUGGUAGGCUCCUCCUUGUCCUUCCAAUUAUGACUGUUAGUAAUGAACCAAUAAUCAGUCGGCAUGAGAAUCCAUGCGAUAGUUGCUGCUGUCGCUCUCCACAACACUGGAACCUUCACAUUAUAACCCACUGAGUUCAAGAAAAGAAGACAAUGUUCUGUAAUAGUUCUGUUUUUAAUAGAUUUGACAAAAUCCAUAUUAAUCAUACGUGAAAGUAACGCAUGAGACAUACAGGGUACCAAUAACACAGUAUGGUACAAGUAUUGAUUGUGAGUGUGUGUGUGUGUGUGUGUCUGUGUGUGAAACAGGAUCUACUUUCUCGAAAAAAAAAGUACAGUCUCAUGAAUGCUUGGUGAGUUAUGUGUGUGAGUGUGUGUUCUGCUGUACCAGUAAAUAAAAAUAAAAAAAGGUAGACUGAUACAUCACUACCAUACAAUUUGAAAUGUAACUGACAAUAAAAUUUCUAAAAUGACAAAAA